UCGCUUAGUUCACGGUCAGCUGCUGUAAUAUCCAGUACAUUUCAGAUGACUGCACUGAAACUAGAGUAGAAAAGUAGAGGUGGAGUUGCAUGAGGCUGGAGUUUGACAGAAGCAAAAGCACUGGAAAAACUACAUUUACGGAAACUACUGAAUCAAGAACAAGUGGAUGAUCUAAAAGAAAACAAACGCUCUCCUCCAGAAAAGAAACCAAAUGGGGAAUCUGUUAAAAGUGCUCACUUGCACAGAGUUUGAUCAGGGGCCAAACUUUUUCCUUGAUUUUGAAAACGCACAGCCAACGGACUGUGAGAGGGAAGUGUGGAACCAGGUGAACGCUGUCCUCCAGGAGUCAGAGAGCAUCCUGUCCGGCCUGCAGGCCUACAAGGGUGCGGGCCAGGAAAUACGAGAUGCGAUACAGAAUCCAAAUGACAUGCUCCAUCAGGAGAGGGCAUGGAACUCUGUGUGUCCCCUAGUCAUCCGCUUAAAGAAGUUCUAUACCUUUUCAUUGAAACUAGAGGCGGCGCUGCAGAGCCUUUUGUUGUCUCUCACAAGUCCACCAUUCACUCCCACUCAACACCUGGAGAGAGAACAGGCCCUCGCUAAACAGUUUGCAGAAAUCUUGCAUUUCACCCUUCGCUUUGAUGAGCUUAAGAUGAGAAUACCGGCCAUUCAGAAUGACUUCAGCUACUACAGAAGAACAAUCAGUCGAAACAGAUUAAACAACAUGAAUCUGGAUAUUGAAAAUGAAGUCAAUAAUGAAAUGGCAAACAGAAUGUCUCUGUUUUACGCUGAGGCUACGCCCAUGCUAAAGACCCUGAGCACAGCAACCACAAACUUUGUGACAGAGAACAAGACAUUACCACUUGAGAAUACCACCGAUUGUCUGAGUACCAUGGCAAGUGUAUGCAAGGUCAUGCUGGAGACACCGGAAUACACAAGCCGGUUCAACAGUGAAGACACGCUCCUCUUUUGUAUGAGGGUGAUGGUGGGGGUUAUUAUCCUGUAUGACCAUGUGCAUCCAAAUGGUGCCUUCAACAAAUCCUCGAAAAUUGAUAUGAAAGGGUGCAUUAAAGUCUUAAAAGAUCAGCCAGCGGAUAAUGUUGAAGGUCUCCUCAAUGCCCUCAAGUUCACCACAAAACAUCUGAAUGAUGAGUCCACUCCCAAAAAUAUCCGAACAAUGCUCCAGUAAUGGUUUUUAAUUGAAGCGGGUCAAUAUUCUGACCUCAUAAGAUGUAUAUGUUUACAUUUAUUUAAGGACUUGAUGUUAAUACUCUGGUGUAUUUACAUAAUCAUUCCCUCCAAAUUACUGCAAUAAAAAGAAAGCGGAGCUUUAUUCUAAACAAACUGUUGAAAAAAAGCACGAAUGAAUAAAACCAAGCAGCCUUAUGAAAAUGUAAUGAUAAUAAUAAUUUGCCAUUUCAAGUGAAUUACAGUGGUCAUGUUAACCAAAGGUUAUGAGCUACAGUGAAGUGCUAUUGGCUGAAGUGUAGUCUGUAGCAAAUGAGCAAAAAAACUUUGUUUAGAUGGUUGUGCUUUUGUACUUUGUAAUACGGUAAUGAUGAGAGAGACAGUUUAGUUAAAUGCCAUAAUGUGUAAUGUCUUGUUUUGUUUUAUUUUCAUUUUUUCACCCUAAAGGUGGAGAUGUCAGCUUUUAUUUUUGUUAUUAUAUGUGACGUGUGCUCUGUGUCUUUGCGCUUCUUUGUUUCUAACACAUUCGUUAUUCAUCAAAACAGCUUUAAAUUUUGAAAUAAAAUUGACUUUUUGAUUACAUUUGA